AUUAUAUAAGAGCAACCAACACCAUACUGAGGAGCUGUGCAUUCACCAUCAGACAUGGAUAUAUUUUUGGCAUUGAAGACAAAUAUAUUAUCUAUUGUAAUUGCUGUUUUGUUUCUGUUAUUGUUGUGGAAGAGUCGAAGAAAGAGUAAUUUCAAAAACUUGCCUCCAGGACCACGUCCCUUCCCACUGGUUGGGAAUAUAUUUCAGUUUGAUGGAAAGCAAGCAUACAAAUAUUAUCAUGAGCUCAGUGAAAAGUACGGCUCUGUGGUUACCAUCUGGUUGACAACCACUCCUGUGGUGAUCAUUUCUGGAUAUCAAGCCCUUAAAGAUACCAUGAUUGGUCUCAGUGAGGAAUUCAGUGGGAGGUCCAACUAUCCCAUGAUCAUGAAGGCCACACUUGGAUAUGGCGUUUUGUCCACCAGUGGACACAGGUGGAGGGAGAUGCGCAGGUUCUCACUUAUGACCCUAAAGAAUUUUGGAAUGGGCCGCAGGAGUAUUGAGGAAAAAGUCCAAGACGAGGCUAAGAAUCUUGUGAAAAUGAUGAACAAAUAUGAAGGUCGUGCAUUCAGCCCUGCAGACAUGGUGUCUAAUGCUGUAGCCAAUGUGAUCUGCAGCAUUGUCUUUGGUCAUAGAUUUGAAUUUGAAGAUCCACAGUUUAAGUUUCUACUUGGGACAGUAAAUAACUACUUCAAGAUGCUUAGUAGCCACCUUGGACUGAUCUAUAAUAUUUGUCCUAGGCUAGUCAGUCUUUUGCCAGGUAAACACCAUGAGUUAUUCAGAGACUUGAAAAAGGCAAGAGAAUACUGUCUUUCUGAGACCAAGGCCCGAAUAAAUAAUGUGGAGGAUCCCUUAUGCCCAAAGGACUUUAUUGAGGCGUUUGUGUUGAAAAUGGAAGAGGAGAAAAACAAUCCUGACACAGAAUAUAAUCUUGAAAACAUUGUGUCACUGAUAUGGAACUUUUUAAGUGUUGGUACAGAAACCACCUCAUCCACCAUCAGACAGUCUCUGCUUCUUAUGAUGAAGCACCCAGAUAUUCAAGAGCGUGUUCAACGGGAAAUUGAUGGGGUUGUAGGACAGGCCCGUUGGCCUUCCAUUGAAGACAGGCAAAACCUGCAUUAUACAGAUGCUGUUCUCCACGAGGUGCAGCGCAGCAUGGAUCUCGCACCCAUCGCUGUCCCUCACAAGAUGAUGUGUGACACUAAAUAUAAUGGCUAUGUCAUUCCUAAGGGAACUGUGGUUUAUCCACUGAUAUCCUCUGUGCUUUCUGACCCAAAACUGUGGAAGAACCCAAACUGCUUUUAUCCAGAGAACUUCCUGGAUGAAAAUGAACAAUUUAAGAAGAACGACGCAUUUGUGGUAUUCGGCAUGGGUAAGCGAGCGUGUCUGGGUGAGGCUCUGGCCAGGACAGAAUUUUUUCUCAUCUUCACUACUCUGCUACAACGCUUCACCUUCAAAGCCACAGUGCCACCAGAAGAGCUCGACACAACCCCCACCAACUGCAGUUUUGGCCGAAUGCCCCGCAUAUACGAGUGCUAUGCCAUUCCUAGGAUAUAGAGGGUGCAAACAUCCAGGAUUUAUCACCAAAAUGAGUGUAGGAUAGAGAUUUUCAGCUAUCCGUGGACAUAGGAUGUGUUGGACUAUAAUUUCUUUAUUUACUUUUUUCCAUACUUUAGAUUGUUAUCAUAACCUCAAUAAUAUUAUGUAAAAACACAAAUGUUACUAUAAGAAUUAUGUUGUUAUUUAAAGGGGACAUAUCAUGAAAAUAUGUUUAAGUGCUAUAAUUGGGCCCCUUUCAGCCAAGAAAAUAUGAAAAAUAAAAACCCAGUAGCGUUUUGGUAAAUCAUUCUCUGCAAGCAUAUGAAAAAGUUGUUAAUGGAAAUUUGGCUCCCCUUGUGAUGUCAAAAGGGAUCUUAUUAUAAUAAUACUGCCCACUAAUCUGCACUGUUUAACCAUGGCACUGCCAUUUAGUGCAGAAAGAGUUCAAUUUUUUCAAUUAAAAUUUUUUUCACAAUUGUUUAAGUGUUUCAAAGCAGGUUUACAUAAAUAGAUGCAGGAAAAAAACACAGAAAAAUCAUAAAACAUAAGCAGCAAAAUACAGCACAUAAGAUAAACCAUACUAGCGAGUAUAGUCCCUGCUGAAAAAUCCAGCAUCAAACCAGCAUGGACCAGCAUGGGAAUUAUGCUGGUCUAUGCUGGUUUAGCUGGUGGUCACCAGCAUACCAGCACCAAAACACAACAUGCUGUGUCUUGCUGGUAUGCUGUUUUUUCAGCAGGGGUAAAAUGUAACGUAUGUAAGAAGUUGCUAAGUUAAGCCAAUGUCAGCAGAAUCCCCAGGGGUAGAAAACAACUCUAGGAGGAAAAACACUGUGGGUGAAGAGUCCUAGGAGGGGAAAAAAACCUUGGGAGAGAGCCAGACAUAGCUGAUUCCAUAGAGGAUUGCAAGGUUUUGUUUUGUGUUUUCUUGUGUUCUGGGUUUGUUUCGUGUUUUGUACUUUUAUUUUGACAUCCUGUUCUGUUCUGGCUUUUAUUUUGAUAUUCAUCUUGCCAUGUCACGCUUCACACUUCCUGUCUGUAUUGUAUAAAGCCACUUUCUGUCCACUAUAUCAUGGCUGAUUAAUACUUUGUAUGUCAAGCCUGUUUGUGAACCUGUUUACCUGUGCCCUGUUUUUUUGUAUCUGCCUGUUUUUGACCCGUGCCUGUCUUUUGGAUUGUGAUUGUUUUCUGCCUGCCCUGACAUUUUGCCUGUUAUUGGAUUACGAUUGUGGAUUGCCCUAAUUGGAUGUGUUUGCUGGCCCUUUUUGGGAUUUACUCUAAUAAAUCUUUUUUCGCACAUGGAUUUAUCUCUCCUUCG